UAGACGAUAGAAUAGAAUAAGAGGGGAGUAUCUGGUUAAACUACUUCAGAGGGCCCGGUCGAGAUUGUUUGCAUUCGCCACACCGCUUGUGUUAUCACUCGGCAGUGGCAGUGGCAGAGGGUGGCGGUGGUGUGGUGGGGUGUGACGCUAGUGGUGAGAACCCUGGCUGCAAUCCGAUAAAAAUUCGCGACAACCCAAUCCCAAUCACGACAGCAUAUAGCGAGCAGCAAACCACCAGCACCACCAGCAUCACCAGCACCACAAGCACUUGACCAGCUUGUCGUCGUCGUCGCUCCUGCCCCUCCACUUCCACAGCCGUACACCCCCUCCUCCCACCCACCAUGGCGUCCGACGAGAUCGUCUGGCAGGUCAUCAACCAGCAAUUCUGCGCCUUCAAACUCAAAACCACGAAAGGCACCAACUUCUGCCGCAACGAGCACAACGUGACGGGACUGUGCAACCGGCAGUCCUGUCCGCUGGCGAACAGCCGGUACGCGACGGUGCGCAGCGAGAACGGUAUUUUGUACCUGUACAUGAAGACGAUCGAGCGGGCGCACAUGCCGUCGAAGCUGUGGGAGCGGAUCAAGCUUUCCGAGAACUACGCGCGGGCGCUCGCACAGAUCGACGAGCGCCUUAUCUACUGGCCCAAGUUCCUGGUGCACAAGUGUAAGCAGCGCAUGACGCGGCUGGCCCAGGUCGCGCUGAGGAGUAGAAGACUGCUGCGCGAGGAGGAGCGCAUGGGUGAGACUGUUGUUGCCAAGAUUGCACCGAAGGUUAGGAGGAGGGAGAGUACACGCGAGAGGAAGGCGCUGGCCGCGGCAAAGGUCGAGAGGCAAAUCGAGAAGGAGCUCAUUGAGAGGUUGCGCAGCGGCGCCUACGGCGAGCAGCCGCUGAAUGUUGAGGAGGGCAUCUGGAAGAAGGUUCUGCGCGGGCUGGAGCGGGGCGGGCAGGCGGAGCGGGAUGUGGAUCACGACGAGGAGGAGGAUGAGGAGGUAGACGAGGAUGAGGAGGAGAUCGAGGAGGAGGGCGAGGUUGAGUAUGUGUCCGGAGACGAGGACCUCGAGGACGAAGAGGAGAAUGAGGGCCUCGGCGAUAUCGAAGACUGGCUCGGUAGCGGCGCUAGCGACUUCGAGGAGGGCGACGAUCUCGAGGAUAGCUCCGACGACGAUGACAGCUCCGACGACGACGAGGAGAAGGCCCCCGUCAAGAAGAUCGACGACAAGAGUCGCAAACGUCCUGCGCCUCAGUCCGCGAAGCCCAGAAAACGUGGUGCCAGAGUCGAAGUCGAGUACGAGGAAGAAAGGGAAGCUCCACAGGUCUCGGCCAAGGAGUUGGCAUUCUAAUCCACUCACCUUCUACAUGUGCUUUUGUUACACGCGUAUGCCUGUCUGUUCACUGUUCUUCCUUGUACAUAAUAAAUGCGCUCGGUGGGGGUUUACUUUCAUUUGCUGUCUGGGAAUAACUAAAAAGUUUUGCUUCCAUGUCAUACUAUUGGAUGCACUGCCUCAGACGAAGGGGACUGAA